GAAGGGCUCCGCCACGGCGAGGCGGGGCCGGGCCGCUCCGCUCCGCCCGCUGGGCCCCGCCGUGACGUCGUGCGGGCGGAAGCGGCGCGCUUGGCGGCAGGUCGCGCGGCGCCAUGGCGGAGGACUGGCUGGGCGUGGAGGCGGCCCCGAGCGGCAGCGAGGCCGAGGACGAGGGCCGGGAGGAUGGUGAGCGGCGGCACCGGCAGCUGCUGGAGGCGGUCAGCUCUCUCUCCGGGCGGAGGCGGAGGAAGCUGGCAGAGCGGACCGAGGCCAGCGUGCAGGUGUCCGAAUUCAACGUCAGCUGCCAAGGAACCGGGGAGAAGCUGGUCCUGUCCGAGCUGCUGCAGCCCAUCCGCCCCCAGUCUGCCCUGAGCAGCGUGAGGAAGGAGCUGAGCAGGGUGAAGCGGAAGAAGCCCGUGGAGCUGCCGCUGAGCAAAGAGGAGGCCGAGCGGGUCGUGAGGGAGGCAGCCUACGUCCGGACUUCCAAAGACGUGGGCAAGUGGCAGGAGGUGGUGCUGCAGAACCGGCGGGCAGAGCAGCUCGUGUUCCCCCUCAGGCAGGAGAUCCCCACGCUGGUGCCCCUGGAGCACGCGGCGGCUGCGUGGAAGGCCCGAACUCCCCUGGAGCAGGAGGUCUUUGCGCUGCUCCACCGGACGCGGCAGCCCAUCACAGACCCGCUGCUGACGCCGGCCGAGACGGCCUCGCUGGAGGCCAUGAGCCUGGAGGAGGCCCGGCAGCGGCGGGCAGAGCUGCAGAGGGCACGGGCCCUGCAGUCUUACUAUGAAGCCAAAGCUCGUCGAGAGAAGAGGAUCAAGAGCAAGAAGUACCAUCGUGUGCUGAAGAAAAGCAAGAGGCGCAAGGCCUUGAAGGAGUUUGAGCUGCUGCACAAGUCAGACCCUGAGGCUGCCUUGGCCAGGCUGGAGGAGCUGGAGCAGCUCAGGAUGCAGGAGCGGAUGAGUCUCAAACACCAGAACAAGGGAAAAUGGGCCCGUUCCAGGGCCAUCAUGGCUAAGUAUGACCUGGAGGCCCGCAAGGCCCUGCAGGAGCAGCUGGCCAGGAACAAGGAGCUGACGGAGAAGGUGCGUGUGGAGCUGCCUGUGGAGGAGCCGGACGAGGCUGUGCCGGAGGAGGAGCCGCCGGCAGCCAGGCCCGUGGCCCCCAGCACAGCCAACCCCUGGAUGUUGGGCAAGCCCAGUGGCCUGGCCCCAGAGCCACAGCUGCAGGAGGGGCUCGGAGGCGUGGCAGAGCCUGGUGCUCCAGGGAGCAAAGAGGACGUGGAGGAGGACGAGAAGGAAGAGGAGGUGUCAGAGGAAGAAGCUCUGCUCCAGGGCUUUGCGCAGAGACGGCAGGCGCGGCGGGCAGGGAGCCCCGAGGGCCGAGGUGCUGGUGAGACAGAGGCAGCUUCUGAACUGCUGGGGGACAACCCCAUCAGUGCCAAGGGAGAGGCGAGCCCUGGGCCGGAGGAGCCCCCCCAGGCCCAGGAGGAGCCCCCCCAGGCCCAGGAGGAGCCACUGCUGUCGGAGCAGCUGGGCAGAGUGCGGACAAUGGAGGAGGUUGAGGCUUUGGGCUCGGAGGAGCGUGCGGAGGAGCAGAAGCCAUCGGCCGCAGGAGCGCAGCAGCGGGGGCAGCAGCGGCGGGAGGGCAGCGCCAGGGCCAAGCGAGCCAAGAAACCAGCCAAGAAGCAGCUGCUGAGCCUGCAGGCCGUGCUGGCGGGCGAGCCGCGGGAGGCGCAGUGCCCCAGCCUGCCCCUGGUCCUGGAGGAGGAGGACGGGGGCGUGGACCAGAGAGGGGUGAUCACAGAGGCCUUCGCCGGGGACGACGUGGCGGCGGAUUUCCGUCGGGAGAAGCGCAAGGCGGAGCAGGCCGGGAAGCCGCGGGCCGUGAGCCUGGCGCUGCCGGGCUGGGGCGAGUGGGGCGGCGGGGGGCUGCGGCCCAGCGCCAAGCGGCUCAAGCGCUUCCUGCUGAAGCCACCGCCAGCGCCGCCCCGGCGCGACCAGCACCUGCCCCAUGCCAUCAUCAGCGAGCGGCGCAACAUCCACGCGGCAGCGCACCAGGUCAGUGAGCUGCCCUUCCCCUUCGAGAAGCACCAGCAGUUCGAGCAGAGCAUCCGCACGCCGCUGGGCCCCACAUGGAACACGCAGCGCGCCUUCCAGCGCCUCACCGCUCCCCGCGUGCUCACCCGCGCCGGCCACAUCAUCCCUCCGCUGGCUGCCGACGACGUCCCCGCGGGCGGCCCCGGGCCCGGCAGCACGGCCCAGCCGCAGCGGGCAGCGGGGCAGCGGCAGGAGCAGCCCCUGGGCCGCCCACGGGGCCGGCGGCGGCCGUAGUGCCCAGCCCGUGGACCGCACCCCAGACCUGGCACCAGCUCUUCUGGGACCUUUCUGCUCUCCCAACAAUAAAGCCCCAGGGCUGCCCUGUGUGUGCAGGC